CGAUGAGUCGAUUGCUUUUGCCUGGAGGAGUCCGGGCGGGAGAGAACCAGGCACCAGGAGCGAAGAACCGGCUCUGAAAAGGCUCUGGGGCACCGAGGUUUAGAGGCCCGUGUGGGUCGGCUCGCGGGCGCGUGUGAGCCGGCGGGAGAGUGGGGUCAUGGUCACGCCCGCGGUGGUGCGCGCGUGGCGCAAGAACAAGACCCUCCGCUACGGAGUCCCCAUGUUGUUACUGAUUGUUGGGGGUUCUUUUGGUCUUCGUGAGUUUUCACAAAUCCGAUAUGAUGCUGUGAAGAUUAAGAUUGAUCCUGAAUUAGAAAAAAAAUUGAAGAUGAAUAAAAUAUCUUUAGAGUCAGAGUAUGAGAAAAUUAAGGACUCCACUUUUGAAGAAUGGAAAAAUAUUCGAGGCCCAAGGCCUUGGGAAGAUCCUGACCUCCUCCAAGGACGGAAUCCAGAAAUUCUUAAAACUAAGACAACCUGAUAGUGCUCAUUUAUUAUUUUCUAAAUUAAAUAUUUUCAACUGGACUUCUAUUUUAAUAGAAAGACUAUUUCAAACCUGUGGAAACAUGCAUAUGAAUAAUUUAAUGGCAGAUAACCUUGAUUAAAAAGGCAAAUGUAAGUCUUUAUCCUUUCCAGCUAGUCUACUUGCAAAAGAGGUAGCAGUGUUGACCACAUACCUUCUAACGAACAUGUGAAUUCUCCUAACUGAAGUGUGACCUUCCAGUGAACAUGUCAAUUCUGCUAACUGAAGUGUGUCUUGGACUCUGCUGUCACUCAUUUUCUACUAACAACUUGGAUAUUGUGCUACUUCUGCUUUCUAAUGGAUAUUGUAGAUCUAGCUUACAGUUCUCUCAAUAAAACCAAGCAUUGAUCACAA